AUGAGCUGGCCGGCGUUCAUGUUGUUGAAUUCGUGCUGUGUGGUGCUGGCGAACGCUCAGACGUCAGCGAUGGAAUCCGUGCAGCGCAGAACUGGAACGCUCUCUGGUAACCGAUACGGCCCGCGUGCGUCGUCUGCCAGACGCUCCAUCGUUCCAAGGAAGAAGUGCUGUGAGGGCUUCAAAUUCGUGCUGGGCCAGUGUAUCCCUGAAGAUUACGACGUGUGUUCUGAAGCACCGUGUGAGCAGCAGUGUACCGACCACUUUGGCCGCGUCGUCUGCACAUGUUACCCCGGUUACCGCUACGACCGGGAUCGCCAUAGAAACCGGCAGAAGCCGUACUGCCUAGACGUGGACGAAUGUGCCAGUAAGAACGGGACGACGUGCUCUCAGAUCUGCAUCAACACGCCCGGCAGCUACAAGUGUUACUGUGAGAGCGGGUUCGUCCUGGAGGGGGACGGGAGGACCUGCAGGAAAGGGGAACGAGCGCCGCACUUCGAGAAGUCCGAUAACGUGAUGAAGGCGGGAACCUGCUCGGCCACGUGCGAGGACUUCCACCAGAUGAAAAGCACCGUCUUUCAGCUCAAGCAGAAGAUGACCACCAUGCUGGCCAGUAACACCGACAUCAGUAAGCAGAUGACCAGUGAGAAGACGCGCUCCUUUCUGCCUGGACCUCCGGGACAGCCUGGACCUCCCGGUGGUCCCGGUCCUAAAGGUUCUUCUGGACCCCCGGGUCAGCCUGGUGCUACGGGGCAGCCCGGCCCUCGGGGCCCGAUGGGGCCGAUGGGGCCCUCACCGGACCUCUCGCACAUCAAGCAGGGCCGACGCGGAGCGGUGGGACCCCCCGGUGCUCCAGGCAGAGAUGGCAUGAAGGGAGAAAAAGGCGAUCCUGGACCCUCCGGACCUCCGGGACCGCCGGGCUCCUUUGACUUCCUGUUGGUGCUGCUGGCCGACAUCCGUCACGACAUCGCCGAGCUGCAGAACAGAGUGUUUGGCAGGCAGCCGGACUCCCCCGCAGGCGACUUCUGGAAGGAGGGCGUGGACGUUGUGGACGGCGUGGACGGCGGCUCAGGAGAGGACUACAAAUCCCUCGGCCCGUCCAGAAGGAAGCGGAAACCGUCCGGCGCGUCCGUCCGUCCCGAGUGGAGGAUCUGAGAUGAACGGAGAGCUUUAUUAUUUGUACGAGUGACAGUAAGAGGACAGAACAGAGCUGAACGACGGAGGAACUUUAUUUAACUUUAUACUCUACACAUGAAGACGUGAAUGUAUUUCUUUGUACCAAAUUCUAUUUUUAUAACAUAAAGAUGUACAGAUUUA